AGCUGCGCCGCGGCAGGGGGGUGUCGCUGAACAUACAUGCUGCCUCCGCUCCGUCUGGUCCUCCGAGCGCCCUGUGCAACAAAAGAAGUAACUUUAGGACCGACGGAAAAAGAAAUAAACUAGCACAGUGACUUAACGGAGACAAACAAGGGACCAUUCAAUUCACUACUUCUAACAUUCCCACUGUUAAAGUGGUAAUAUCUCCCACGAGUAAAAAGAAAGUUGUAGAACAAAAUGUGGAGCGGCUAUUAAUUAGUAGUUGUUAGCUAAUGCGAAGUUACUUUUAAGGUUUGUUACCACAUUUAAACAGACACAGUGCUGCAGGCACGGGGAAUGGACCCCCAGUUAUUGUGCUGUGAAGGGGACAGGCCUGUCGUCCGGAGGGCCUACCGGGACUCCAACCUGUUGAAUGACCGGGUCCUGAACGCUCUGCUGCGGGCUGAAGACAAGUACCUCCCCGCUGCCAACUACUUCAAAUGCGUCCAGAGAGAAAUAGUCCCGUGCAUGAGGAGGAUAGUGGCUACCUGGAUGUUGGAGGUCUGUGAGGAGCAGAAGUGUGAGGAGGAGGUCUUCCCUCUGGCGAUGAACUACAUGGACCGCUUCCUGUCUGUGGAACCCACCAAGAAGAGCCACCUGCAGCUGCUGGGGGCCGUCUGCAUGUUCCUGGCAUCCAAACUGAAGGAGACAAUGCCACUCAGUGCCGAAAAACUCUGCAUCUACACCGACAACUCCAUCACACCCACCCAGCUGCUGCAAAUGGAGCUGCUGGUUCUGAAUAAGCUGAAGUGGGACCUGGCUUCAGUGACCCCCCUUGACUUCAUCGACCACUUCCUGUCUCAGCUGGCUGUCAGGAGAGAGAACAGGCCCAUCCUCAGGAAGCACGCUCAGACCUUCGUGGCUCUGUGUGCCACAGAUGUGAAGUUUAUUGCCAGCCCCCCCUCCAUGAUAGCAGCAGGCAGCAUGGUGGCAGCGGUGGAGGGGCUCCAGAUGAGGAUGGUGGGCAACGGCUUGAUGUCUCAGAAACUCACAGAGCAGCUGGCACAGACCAUCAGGAGUGACCCGGACUGUCUCAGGGCGUGUCAGGAACAAAUCGAGGCGCUGCUGGAAACCAGCCUCAGACAGGCACAACAACCCCAACACUCAGUUGCCAUGGAAACUAAGAACAUCAGCGAGGAGCAGGACCUCUCAACGACACCCACAGAUGUCCGGGACAUCAACAUCUGACUGAGUGACGGAGAGACAGGAGCAGGUGGAGCUGAUGAAGUGGACAGAAACACAUGGCUUUGUGUCACAUGUGGAGUGUCACAGGGAGCUGGACUCAACAGUGUUUGGAACUGUUUGCAUGAGGUCCAGUAUGAACUGAGGCGGGACCUGAGGAGGCGCUGACACCUUCAGGACAUGAGAACCUUAACACUGGUACCAGCUGACUCAGAGAACAGGGGACAGUCGGCUGCAGCCACCAAUGUGUUGUUUUCAAGGCUGUCUGGACCCAGGCCGCAUUUAAAAAAGGAAAAAACAAACUUAUAACAGAGACUGAAAACUGACUGGGGCGUUUAAAUGCCUGUAUCAAAUGUUUUAUUCAUACAAAAUGAGAACAAGAAUACCGAUUUAGCUGGCGACACACCUCACUGACGGUGAAGCUCUCGUAUGAUCAAAAGGAAACUACGUGGGUUAACAUCUUUUUAAAUGUGCAUCUUUACAUAAUACUGGAACAGCAGCAGCAGGAAAUAGCUGCCCUAAACAAGUCUAUUCUCUAUUCCUUCACAUUACAUGCUAUACAUAUAACCUAUACUGCCUUCUAUAAGGAGUGUGCCCUCAGCCACUUAAAGAGAUCUUACUUGAUUUUAAAUAUUCUAAGUCAUAAUAUGAAUUUUUUUUAUUGUGUUUGAUUACAAGUUUGAUAAACAUGGGUCCUGGUCCGCAUGUAAAGUGCUUACAGUAUUGAGCUGUAUGGUUUUGCUUCAAGACAUGAACAUGAUGUCAUCAUUAGUGAGGUUGAGGUUUCUAAAUUGAGACCCAGAAAAGCUUAUCUGUUUGUUUUUUGGCUGAUAAAAUGUACUUAUGGAAUGUGUUGAAACCGUUAUAUGUUAUUACUGACUUGAACCACUGCUCUCAGUGUAGUGCACACCUUACACCACUAGAGGGAGCUCAGUGCAUCUCCUGUGCAUCAGAAGCAAAAUACCUGAGGGGGUUUUACAUGGUUCAGAGUUUAUCUGCCCACCUCACCAGAAAAUGCAUGAUAUUUUCUGCACACACACACACACACUUUCUGUUCUUCAGAGAAGGGGAUAAAGCAUGUUGGAAAGUAAGAAAUCAGGUGUACUA